UGCUGUUAUCAAAGUCCGGAAGGGGUAGCUCUCGACUGUCACGAAGAGAACGGGAUCAGCAGCGGUGAACGGGUAGGCGGAGACAGUCCUCUUGCUUCCGCGUUUCCCUCUCAUUUCUCUCAAUGCACAGCACACCGGUAAUUUUGGUCACGUUUCCAAUCCCCUCGUCAUUAUUUAUUCCCUUUUUAGUUCUACCUGUAGCGAGCUUAUUAAAACGGCUUUACAACAUUUAGCGGCACCCACACAACCCUGUCCUACAUAAUCAGGGGUUGUCGACUGGCUCAUCCAUGUAUUGGAGUCCUGGGCCCCAGCGCACCGGCUCCUGCUUCAGCCAUGUCGGCACAGAACGCAGCGGCUGGCGGCGGUGACAGAGCGGGAAGCGAACCGGCAGAUGAUGUGCUGGUUGAGGGAGAACAGAGCAAUUCUCUGCCCAGCUUGAUGACCCCAUCCAUAACAUCUGGUAUGUCCUCGAGUAUGGACAUGCCAAGGAAGCGCAAGGGAAGCACAGACAACCAGGAUUCAAAAUUGGCUAUGAUUAGCGAUGCAGAUAUGGAAGAUGACCAAAACAGGUCAGACGGAGAGGACCAACAUGUCAAAAUUAAAUGCUUCAGGGAACCACACAGCCAAAUUGAGAAGAGGAGACGAGACAAAAUGAACAAUCUUAUUGACAAACUUUCAGCCAUGAUCCCCACAUGUAACCCCAUGUCCCGUAAACUGGACAAACUCACGGUGCUCAGAAUGGCAGUGCAGCACCUCAAAUCCCUCAAAGGUUCAGCGAGCUCCUUUUCUGAAGCGAGCUCCAAACCAUCAUUUCUUCCCGAGGAAGAGCUUAAACAUCUUGUCCUCAAGGCUGCAGAUGGGUUCCUGUUUGUAGUGGGCUGUGAUCGCGGGAAAAUAGUUUUUGUCUCAGAGUCCGUCACAAAGAUAUUAAAUUAUAGUCGGGCGGAGCUGAUUGGACAGAGCCUGUUUGACUAUAUACACCCCAAGGACAUGGGAAAAGUGAAGGAGCAACUGUCUGCUUCUGAAUUGCACCCUCGUGAGCGGCUAAUAGAUGCUAAAACUGGUCUGCAGGUUCAGGCUGACCUUCCCAUCGGUGCGUCACGGUUGUGCUCAGGCGCCCGGCGCUCCUUCUUUUGUCGCAUGAAGUACAACAAAAUACCUGUGAAAAUUGAAGAAAAGGAAACCCAGGCAAACACCUCUAAAAAGAAAGAGUCACAGAAAUACUGCACAGUCCACUGCACCGGCUAUAUGCGCAGUUGGCCAACCAGUCAGAUGGGAGCAGAAGGGGAAGGAGAGGGAGACAAGCAGGACAGCUCCUACUUUAGCUGCCUGGUGGCGGUGGGACGCGUCCAUUCACACUCAGCUCCGCAAGUUAACGGAGAAGUCCGAGUUAAAGCCACCGAGUUUGUUACACGCUACGCCAUGGAUGGAAAAUUCACCUUUGUUGAUCAAAGAGCAACAACCAUUCUGGGUUAUCUUCCCCAAGAAUUGCUGGGAACGUCGUGCUACGAGUACUUCCAUCAAGAUGACUUACUACAUUUAGCCGAUCGACAUCGAAAAGUCUUGCGAAGUCGGGAGAAAAUAGAGACAAACUGCUAUAAAUUCAAAACAAAAUACGGCUCUUUUGUCACUCUGCAAAGUCAGUGGUUUAGUUUUGUCAAUCCUUGGAACAAAGAAGUCGAAUACAUAGUGUCAACCAACACAGUAAUAUCCAGUCGAACAGCACGGUCUGGACACAAGUCUGAACAGUCGGGCAAUUCCAAGGCUUCAGAAGACUGCAAGAAGUCCCUUCCAGUUAUACCAGGCAUCUCCUCUACAUCUGGAACUAUGAUAUACGCCGGAAGUAUUGGGACACAGAUUGCUAAUGAGCUGCUGGAUUUCAACAAGCUGAAUUCAUCACCUUCUAGUGGGAACGUCAGUCCAUUCAGUCUGGCACAGGAGAAAUCUCCCCAAACACUCAAUCAGAUCACCAACAGUGUGCCAAACGGAGAAACUUCUGACAUGGAGAUCCCAGGAAAGUCGAGCUCAGACGGUGAACCUCAAGGGGCUUCGUUCCCAGGCGGAGACUCGCUGAUGGGGGAGAAUUCCCAGCUGGAUUUGGACAGUGUUGUUGGACCCAGCCUGAACAGUUUCAGCACCGACGAAGCGGCCAUGGCGGUGAUCAUGAGCCUGCUGGAGACCGACACAAACUUGGGAGAAGCCGUAGACUUCGAAGAGAUGCACUGGUCUUUAUAAAACCCGUUAUAACAGCUGCUGUGGAGAAACAUUUGAGUGAUCAGUUUCUUUGUGACAGGAAUGCUAACUCCAAAAAGCAGCAUUUAUGAUUUUUUUAUGUAGAGACUUUAAAUUAUUAGUUAACCCCUUUCAUCAGAAGCUUUAUAGUUUCUUGGCGACUGCUCUCCCAAGAUCAGGAGUGGUGACUAUCUGGGACACUUUCCCUCCUCAGGUGGAGGAUGUUCCUCUUGAGCCUUGCAGCAGUUCCUCACUAGAUAAAAGUUUUAACAAGUUGAGACAAAAAGUUGAAUUCCCAGCUUUUUAUUCCUCCAUCACAGUUUGAAAAAGAUUUAGGUAUGAAAAUGCAAAAAAAAAAAAAAAAAUACACUGAACUGACUGGUUGCUACUGUUUGAAUACUAAAAUAGGACAUGAGGAAGACAGCCUGGUCCCUCUCUGUAAAGCCUCAGGAUCUAAAGCAUUGGAGCGCACCAUGGCAGGCCAACCUCUGUAACAUCUACCUUUUGAGAGUCAACUCUUAUGUGGAUGCUUGGAAGGUUCCUCUUGUCAGUAUCAGAACAUAUUUCAAAAAAGCAGCCCUGUAAAGCUCUUCUCUUCUACACUGACCUAUAUAUGCUGUAUUUUGUGGGGUUAAUGAGGGCAAACACCACAUUUUCAGACCACAUGUGUCUUAAAGGGACAGUUUGCAAAGAAGGCCCCAGUUUAAUAACUUCAGCAUCAGACAUGGAGCAGGUUGGGAUAUGACAUUUGUCCUUAUACAUUUAGAACAAUAGUAGAGUAGGUCAACUUCAUGCUAAGCAAAAACAAAAACAAACAAAAUAACAUUUCAAAAGUGGUGACUAUGAGGUUUGUUAGCAACUCACUUUAAAUUUGGUCAGUCUGGGUUAAAGUUGAAUCUGAGGGAUGAUAGAGGAGAUAAUUCAGGGAGUUAUCCAUCCAGACUCUCCUGCUUUCUCUGACUGUACCAGUUCACCUGUGUGUUCUUAUGCCACAUCAGCUUCAUAGUUUUGCAGGUAAACUCUAGCUUUAGGCGUGUUUCUUAAUUUUUUAUUUUUAUUUUUUUAAAUGUACAUUUAUGCACUGACCUAUUUCCGAAGAUGUGUUAAUGUUUGUCGUGCUUACUGGAUGCACACUGGGUUGUCUCAUAAAGCUCCGGUCAGUAGUUUACAUACAUUCUUUAUCUGCAUGAAUGUCGUAUUAUUUGAAGUUUCAAAGCUUCAUUUAAACCGUUCUUUUUUUUUUCUCUCCAGGGUUGAAUAAUUAAACAAUAUACAAUUUCAGUGAUUUUUGAAACCUGGGUUCACAAGUUAGACAUUUAUUGCGACGACUGAAUUCCCACCCUGACCUCAACUCUUAAAAUUUUUCUAAUAUUUCUAGUCUGUUUUUUAAAAGCCAGAUUUGUAUUGGGAAACCAGUGGCAAUUACUGAACCAUACCAAUUUUGCCAAGGAGAGUGCAAGAUAUUAGACCAGAAUCGUGUUGCUAGCUAGCAAUACUUUGUGGUUCAGGUGCAACUUGUGAAGCAACGCUAUGCCAAAUAACAGUGAGGGAGUUUGUGUAAAUUUGAGCCUGUAUGAAUUAAAAAGAACUUUAUCUUUAAAACUAAUUGAAGUAUUGUCUCCCAACAUCUUCUCACCCUGCUUAAAGAAGGGUUCAAAUGUAUCAUCAACGACCUGCAGACUUUUUUUUACCUUAAUGCUAUGAUGUGUGUAUGUAAACUUUUGACCAGAACAGUGCUUUCUUCAAGGGAUUGUGCUAUGCAGAACUAUCAUUCCUAACGUUUCUACAUUUAAAUUUGUCCUUUGUCGUUUUCUCUCUACAUAGUGGUUUGUGCAUGCAACUUUUGAGUCCCAGAACUUUUCUGAAUCCUGUUGCCAUUUACCUCAUGUAGAGUUUUGACUUUCUGUUGCUUAGAAUUGCACAUUUUAUCUCUUAGGGAGAAAAGUGAUAGCCAUUAUUAUGAUAAUCUGUUUUGUUGGUGAUACACUGUAUUGUCCCAUUGGGUUUGAGUUUUAUUAUGUAAUCACCAAAAUUCCCUCAAAAUUAACCAAAUUUAUGCUAAUAACAGCUACUGUUGAAUUUAUGUACCUAUAUGUAAACUCAUUGAAAGAAAGCUAAUUUAUUGGUUGUUUUAUUGUAUAAAAACAUGUUCUUAAAAUAUUAAAUGCCAAACUAUAGAUGAAUUUAAGAUGCUGUCAAGUAUCAUUAGCCAUUAACACUUCCAUUUUACAAGUUAUAGCUACAGAUAUGACAUUUUCUAUUCUAAGUGUUGAACAUAGAGUGUUAUAAGAAGAACAUUUGAAAGAGAAUUGUACAAUUUUUCAAUAUUUUUGUCAGAAAUUUGUGUAUGUCUAUUUUACCCUAUAUAAAUAUAUCUAAUAUACUGGCACCUAAGCAUUAGAUGGAAUAGUUUGUCUUGUUUGGUAUCUCGGGCCACAAUUUAAUGAGUUCUUGAGGACUGUUAAGUUUUUAUCCCCAAUAAGCACUCUUGUUUCAUGGAUGGAAAAGGUUGUAAAUUAUGAAGAAUACUGUCUUGUCUUAUUAAGCUUGAAUUAUGAGGAGCCAGUCGACGGAGCAGCUGAAUUCACAGGGACCCCCCUGCCUGUGUCCGAAGUGCCUUUGGACAUUUCUGCUCGGACACAUAAUGAAACCUGUGGUGUUGUUGUUUUUUCUGUUUUACUUGGAGGCGCCUCUGUGGACUGAACGGAGGGCUAAACUGCAUAUCUUUGGAUUAACUUGAAGCUCCAUCCAUGGCAUGCUGUGCCCAUCAAUGGAUGAUGUGGAAACCUGUGCAAAGAUGGAACCAGCAGCUGCACAUGUUGGCUUCAGAACUCACUACCUAAGCAAACACACAGCGCUAAGGAGUCAUGCCAUGGAUGCAGGUCCUUUUUUCUUUUUCUAAGGCUGUUUGGUAUUGUUACUGUGCAGCUUCCUCCGUUGUUCCACUGUUGUGGUCGUCGUUUCCUCAGAAAGAUAAUAUAUUGCUCUCAUGUCAGCCUGUUUUGCUGUGACAGAGUGAUUGACCUUUUCACAGAGUUUUGCUUCGACUCCAUUUGAAAUAAAAUGUAGUUUUUGUAAGCAA